CCUAGUCUGAGCUGCCGUUACAUUUAGGAGAAACAGCAGUGACUGCUGCUCCCACUCUCAGAGGGGACCCAGGGUGUUGGGGGGAGAUGGUGUCAGGGACAUGGACACCAGCCCCCAAGGGUCUCUGCCGUUGGCUACUCUCCUCUUCAGGCUCUGGGACCCUGAGCGCCUAGGGAAGGACCCUGGACAUCCAUCUCUCUGGGCAGAUUAACUAAAUCAGACCCCGCAGGAUCCCCUGCCGCCGCCGCCGCCGCCAUGGCGCAGGAGAACGCCGCUUUCUCUCCGGGGUCCGAGGAGCCUCCGAGGCGCCGCGGCCGCCAGCGCUACGUGGAGAAGGACGGGCGCUGCAACGUGCAGCAGGGCAACGUCCGCGAGACCUACCGCUACCUGACCGACCUGUUCACCACGCUGGUGGACCUGCAGUGGCGCCUCAGCCUGCUCUUCUUCGUGCUGGCCUACGCGCUCACCUGGCUCUUCUUCGGCGCCAUCUGGUGGCUCAUCGCCUACGGCCGCGGCGACCUGGAGCACCUGGAGGACACGGCGUGGACCCCGUGCGUCAACAACCUCAACGGCUUCGUGGCCGCCUUCCUCUUCUCCAUCGAGACCGAGACCACCAUCGGCUACGGGCACCGCGUCAUCACCGACCAGUGCCCCGAGGGCAUCGUGCUGCUGCUGCUGCAGGCCAUCCUGGGCUCCAUGGUGAACGCCUUCAUGGUGGGCUGCAUGUUCGUCAAGAUCUCGCAGCCCAACAAGCGCGCCGCCACGCUCGUCUUCUCGUCGCACGCCGUGGUGUCCCUGCGCGACGGGCGCCUCUGCCUCAUGUUUCGCGUGGGCGACCUGCGGUCCUCGCACAUCGUCGAGGCCUCCAUCCGCGCCAAGCUCAUCCGCUCGCGCCAGACCCUCGAGGGCGAGUUCAUCCCGCUGCACCAGACCGACCUCAGCGUGGGCUUCGACACGGGCGACGACCGCCUCUUCCUCGUCUCACCUCUUGUCAUUAGCCACGAGAUCGAUGCCGCCAGCCCCUUCUGGGAGGCGUCGCGCCGCGCCCUCGAGAGGGACGACUUCGAGAUCGUGGUCAUUCUCGAGGGCAUGGUGGAGGCCACGGGAAUGACGUGCCAAGCUCGCAGCUCUUACCUGGUGGACGAAGUGCUAUGGGGCCACCGGUUCACAUCCGUGCUCACCCUGGAGGACGGCUUCUAUGAGGUGGACUAUGCCAGCUUCCACGAGACCUUUGAGGUGCCCACGCCCUCAUGCAGCGCCCGGGAACUGGCAGAAGCCGCAGCCCGCCUUGACGCCCAUCUCUACUGGUCCAUCCCCAGCAGGCUAGAUGAGAAGGUGGAGGAAGAAGGAGCUGGGGAGGGAGCGGGUGGGGGAGAUGGAACGGACAAAGAACAGAAUGGCUGCCUGCCACCCCCAGAGAGUGAGUCCAAGGUGUGACUAGUCUUCUCCUAACCCCUGCGGCAGACCAGGGGGCCAGGCACAGGUACACGGAAGCUGCAGAGCGGACAUGGAAGAAGAGGCAGGUAGUGUCCCGGGGAAUGGUGAAGUUGGGAGAGGCCCACUGAGUUCAGGAUCCAGUAGGGAGGGAAGAGGUCCUGGUUUGAAGAGAAUAGAGGGUGGGGAUGACAGAACGCAUCAGUCUGUCUGUGUUUGACCUUCACACCUGUUUGCGGGUGGACGGAUGAACAGAAGGACGGGGUUAUGGGGGCUGAACGGGAAGGUGGGGGCAGCCAGAAACCGCCAAUGGAUAAUUUGGGUGGCAAAUGGAUUGACAGUUGGUGAAUUCGGUGCUGCCUUCACCUGCAGCACACCUCUGUGCGAAAUCUACAGGCACCCUUUUCUUCCAGACAUAGGCAGCCUCAAGCCAAGGUACAUGGCUUAGGGAUCAGAGCGUCAAAUGGAUUACAGUCCCCCACUCACCCCCUUGGGUGGCCUUCGUAUGUAUGACACACCUGUCUAACUAGACAAAGUGGCCACAGUUGAACCAGAGAAGAGAAAACUGGAUGGAGGAGAGCACAGACGUGCGUACCCUCCCCGGCUUCAUUAUCCCACCGUGAUGGGCUCAGAAAGGUGUCCAUGACCUUAAUCCUCAGGGUCUGGGCAAACAAGCAAAGGGGGUAGAUGCUGAGCAGGGGCCCUGGAGCAGGACGUGGAGAGGCCCAAGGACAACUAUUUUGUGAGAGUGGAAUGGAACCUUGCGGGUACUGCCACACAAGCAGGAAGGCAGAGCGCACCUGUGACUCGGAAGAAAGGCCAUAGGAGAGGCUUAAUAAAUGGUUUUACGAGGGAGGCCAGCUCCCUGGGGAAAGUAGUUUGUCCUUGGAGCACAGUGGCAGGGCCUCAUUCACAACAGUGUCAGGUGUGAUAUUCAAAGACCUGGUUCCCAACACCAGAACGCAGGGCAGGUGGAGGUCAGAAAUACCCCACAGCUACUGAGGGAAGUGUGCAUCACACUAGGAGCCCACACAAGCUGUUAGAGCCAGAAGUGUGAGCGCAUUAGCAACCAGGAAGCUAAGGAUUGAGUAAGGCAGGGGGGAAUGGUGGGAGCCAGCAGUUACGAAGCUUUGCAUCACUCACCUGGAGGGCUUGUUAAAACACAGAUUGUUGGUCCCACUCCCAGCAUUCUGACUCAGUAGGUCCGGGACAGAAACCAAAAAUCUGCACGUCUAACUAGUUCCCAGAUCUAACAGGUUCCCAGACCGUGCUGACACUGUCAGUCUGGGGAUUACACUUGGAUGAGGCAUCUAAGCGGAGGAGAAGCCGGGGGAGCUGAAAAGAAGCCGAGGAUUCUUAAGGAGCAGAGAAAUGAGAAGGGAAAUGUCGGGAGGGAAAGAGGACCCAGGUCCAGACUGAAGAGCUUAACUGAAACGGCAUCGGUAACUGGCCAGUGACAUGCUGGGGCAGCAUCCGGGAAGACCAGAGGGCAACAGAGGCAAGAGACGGCAUUUAGGGGACUCCUGAAGAGGCAGUGGGGAGCUGAAGCUGAUGGGCUUCACCACAAAGGACCGACUCUCUUACAGGACUGAGAAGGCAAGACUGACCAGGGGAGAAAAUGGAGCCGUGCCUUGCGGGUGCCUGCUGCCUGCCGCCUGUCCUGCCAGGACAGGGAACCCUGGAGAGACACACUCCCUUCCCCCUUCCACUGUAUCCUGGUCUUGUCCCAGUCAUCUUGGGGUGGUGAGGGAGAGAGCAAUGGCAAAUUGAGGAACAGAAGAUCAGUCAAGGGACCUGAGGCUGGGCCCCUGGAGCCAAGUGUAGCCCCAGUGAUCAUAUCCUCUCAAGGCACUGGUCCAAACCUUGGCCCUGGCCACGCCCAUCCCUGCCCUUGAAUAAGUUUGAAUAAGUCUGCUGCCCUGUUCCAGGCUGAGAAGCCAGCAUCCGACGGGGCACUGUGUCUGCCUCCCAGUGGCCACCCCAGAGACACCUCGAGCUGUUGCCUCUCCCUUCAGCCUAGCAGUGCACUCAGGUUUCAGGCCCUCCACCGGGGUCACUCUCAAAGAAGAGGACCGUGAACAUGUAUCUGCUGGGAUCCUGCAUACACAUAGGAAACUCGAGCACAGACAGUGACUAGGUGGAGUCUGGAUGAGAGGGGUGGAAUGGAGACAUUGGAGCUGCCCCGGAAGUCACUGGGAUGCCACACUCAGGGCACCGCUGUCCAGGGCACUGUCGAUGCUGACUGUCACUAAUCACCUCUAUGACUCUCAGCAAGAUACAUUACUACUUCUCUGGGCCUCAGUUUCCUUAUCUGUAAAAAAAAAAAAAAAAAAAAAAAAAAGUGAUAGUUGGCAAACUCGUAAUGCUCAAUAAAUGCUAAAUUACUGAAUUAAAAAGGUAGACUGGAUACCGCAGAACCGAGGCUGUUAGGACCAGAGGACCCUUGGCAGGGAGGAGCAGCUAGCCAGCAGGCAAGUCCCGGCAGCAGAUAUGAGCAGAUGCAGUGGCUCCGUGUCCACAGAGGACACAGGCCUCCCAACUGCUGCAGUCCCUAAGUAGGCAGCCUGUACUGAGGCUCCCAUUCUGCUGCUGUCAAAGAGAAUAAUUAAGGUCGGGAGGAAAAAGACUGAGGCCCCAGGGCCUGGUGGGAGGAGUCUUGCCCAAGACUAGCCCAACCAGGAGAAUGAGACCGGAGGAGGGUGUGGCCCAGUCUGGGAAGCUCAGAAAGACUUGUCCCUGGAAGCUGUGUGAAAGGGGGCCAAGCUCAGCUGCAACUCACCCCCUUUCUGUGUUCCCCUUCCCAAAUAGAAGCCCCAUUAGGAGUUGGCGAAGCACUGACUUUUGAGGCAACAGAUGGGCUCCAGGCAUCCCCUCCCGCAGUGGGUGGGUAGCAAGGCCCACGAAGGACAGAUGUUGUUUAUAGUG